AUGACGUUUGCGGAGCACCUUGAGAAGUUGAGAAGGAUGUUGGCGGACGAGGAGAAAGCCAAAGAGCUGAACCAGGCGGACCAGCACAAGCGCACACCGCUCCACAUGGCCGCCUUUUUCGGGAAGUCCGAAGCGGUUGCCAAGCUUCUGGAAAAGGGCGCCAGCCCAACUCUGGAGGCGAUGGACGGUUUCUUGCCACUUCACUUCGCCGCCCAGGCUGGACAUCUCGAGGUGCUCCGGCUGUUGAUACGGAAGGUUGGCAGCAAGGGAGAGUUCGGGGAGGUGAAGAAGCACGUCAACCGCGUUGUCCACAAGGGCAAGAAAUCUGCACUUCACCUUGCCCUGCUGAAGGGCCACGCCGAGUGCGCGAAGUUCCUCGCGCUCAAAGGCGCAAGCCUCGAGACGAAGACAGCUCAAGGCCAAACGCCUUUGGACCUCUGCCAAGACCAGGCCUUAAAGGAAGAGCUGGCCGGAAAGGCGAAAGCGCACACGGAGGAGGCAGCCAAGGAGGCGGGGCCUGAGGGCGAAGUGGCGGACGGCGAUGCAGCAAAGCCGCCUGAAGAUGUGCAGAUGACAGAAGUACAGGGCGACAAGGACAAAGAGAAGGAAGAGAAGGGGGAGGUGCAGGAAGGCGAGCCGCCUGCGAAGCGAAGGGCCAUCGGCGAAGCAGGAAGCCAGACCGCUGCAGCGACUGGCGCAGGCCCUUGGCGUUUGGACGAAGUCGUCGUGGAAGUGGCGGAGGCGGAGAAGACAUACCCGGAAGGUGUUAUGCAGAAAGCCGAUGACGAGUGGGAGCUGAAGAUGGAGGAGGAUCCAGAUCUGCAAGAUGGAGCAGUGUGGUCCCUCGUCCAUGUGGAGAGGAGCCUGCAACUGAAGCUGAAGCUGCAGAAGUCCAGCCAGAAGCUGCUGCACUACACCCACUUCUCCGACGAGGCAGGCAAGCUGGAGCAGGAUUCCAAAUGCAAUGCUUGCAGUCUCACCGUCCUUACAGAGACCAGUGAUGGGCAGCUCAUGCUGGAACGUGCGGCGGAGUCGUGGCAUCUCGUUCCUGGCACCAGCACCCUCUCUUCCUCCACUCUGUCGGAGGCUCUGACAAAG